GAUACUGUCAAAUUUUCAAAUUCGAUAGGCAUUGUAUAUUUCACCGUGAGAUUUUUUUGCAUCGGUUUUGAAAGAAUAAUACAAAGUAAUACAUAAAGGAUGGCCGCUGCAGCUGCUGCGAAAAUCGUAGAAGUUCGAGAGUCAACUAAAGUUGAACGAAUAGGAGCUCACUCCCAUAUAAGAGGUUUAGGUUUAGAUGACAGUCUUGAGGCUAGGCAUGUUUCACAAGGAAUGGUUGGACAAGUUUCGGCACGACGUGCCAUUGGUGUCGUACUCCAAAUGGUACGAGAAGGUAGAAUAGCUGGUAGAGCAGUUUUGUUGGCUGGACAACCAGGAACUGGCAAAACAGCCAUUGCUACAGCUUUAGCAGCAGCUUUAGGUGUUGACACUCCCUUCACUAGCAUGGCUGGAUCUGAAAUAUAUUCUCUAGAGAUGAGUAAGACUGAAGCUAUAACGCAGGCCAUUAGAAAGAGUAUUGGCGUUAGAAUAAAGGAAGAGAGCGAGAUCAUCGAGGGUGAAGUAGUUGAGGUACAGAUUGAACGACCAGCUACAGGGGUCGGUACAAAAGUAGGGAAACUCAUUUUGAAAACCACCGAUAUGGAAACUGUCUAUGAUCUUGGUGGAAAGAUGAUCGACAGUAUUUUGAAGGAGAAAGUUCAGUCUGGAGAUGUAAUCACUAUAGAUAAAGCUACAGGAAAAAUCACUAGGUUAGGCAGGUCAUUUGCAAGAGCUAGAGAUUACGAUGCUACUGGGCAACAAACGAGGUUCGUACAAUGCCCUGAAGGUGAACUCCAGAAGAGAAAAGAAGUGGUCCAUACUGUUACAUUGCACGAAAUCGAUGUCAUAAACAGCAGAACGCAUGGUUUCUUAGCUUUGUUUUCAGGUGAUACCGGAGAAAUCAAAGCUGAGGUCCGCGAGCAAAUCAACGGCAAAGUAGCGGAAUGGCGAGAGGAGGGUAAAGCCGAAAUUAUUCCAGGGGUUUUGUUCAUCGACGAAGUCCACAUGCUCGACAUCGAGUGUUUCUCGUUCCUGAACAGGGCUCUGGAAAACGAAAUGUCCCCGAUCGUUAUGAUGGCAACGAACAGGGGCAUCACCAAGAUCAGAGGGACGACCUACAAGUCACCUCACGGCAUCCCAUUAGAUCUGCUGGACAGGACGAUAAUAGUGCCUACUCAGCCAUACGAGGAGAAGGAGUUGAAGGAGAUUUUGAGCAUCCGUUGCGAGGAAGAAGACUGUCAGAUGUCAGACACUGCCCUGGCUGUUCUCACUCGCAUUUGCAAAGAGACCUCUUUGCGUUACGGCAUGCAACUUAUCAUGACUUCGAGUCUCAUAGCGAGGAAACGCAAAGCUCACGAGGUAGACGUUCAAGACAUUAAAAGGGCUUACGAGCUGUUCUUUGAUGAAGGCAGAUCUGUGCAGUUUUUGAGGGAGUACCAACAGGAGUUCAUGUUCAAUGAUUUGGAUGACAAAGAUGAUAUGGAAAUCGAAACAAAUUAGUUUUUAAUAUUAAUUAUGGUGUUUCUAUACUUGCUGUACUUGUUCAAGAUUCCAUUAAAGUAUUUUUUAUUCUC